CGCGCCGACGGCGAGAUGCUGCGGGACCGCACGCUCCGGCUGCAGUUCGGGAACCGGAUCGAGGCCGUCUGCGUGGUGGGCACCCAGCUCUCCAUCGACGUCUACGGAGCAGCUCCUGCGGAGGCACUCACCUUCAGUGUGAAGCACACAGAUGGGGUGGAAGUGGAAGUCAUCACCCUUGACCAACUGGAGCCGGCGCCUACCAAUGGCGGGAAGCAGUGGCCGCUGGACGCCAAGACCAUCCUUAAGGUCCAGAUGACCCGGCCCAGCACCGAGGCCAACGACAACAAGGUAACCGUGGGCUACUACGGGGAGAACGGAGGGGCCCCUAUAGACCAAGCCGGCGUUUUCCUGACAGGCGUCGGGAUUUCCUUGGACGUCGAUGCAGACCGUGAUGGGGUGGUGGAGAAGAACAACUCCAAAAAGGCGUCGUGGACGUGGGGUCCGGACGGACAGGGUGCCAUCCUGCUGGUGAACUGUGAUAAGGAGAAUCCAUUCAUAGCAGUGGAGGACUGCCAGGAUGACAAAGUAUAUUGCAAGGAAGACCUGGAGGACAUGUCACGGAUGAUCUUGCGCACGCAGGGGCCUGACAGACUCCCUCCUGGGUACGAAAUGGUUCUCUACAUUCCUAUGUCGGACUCUGACAAAGUGGGGGUCUUUUACCUGCAGAACCCGUUCUUUGGCCAGCGCUACAUCCAUGUCCUGGGCCAGAGGAAGCUCUUCCACGUAGUGAAAUAUACAGGAGGCUCUGCAGAGAUGGAAUUCUUCGUUGAAGGUCUUCGCUUCCCCGACGACAGUUUUAACGGGCUGGUCACAAUCAGUGUCAGCCUGCUGGAGAAGUUGGCAGAGGGUAUUCCACAGACCCCCAUUUUUACAGACUCUGUAGUUUUCCGGGUGGCUCCAUGGAUCAUGACCCCAAACACCUUGGCACCAGUCACUGUCUUUGUGUGCAGCGUAAAGGAUAAUUAUCUCUUCCUGAAGGAGAUAAAGAACUUGGUGAGCAAAGCCAACUGCCAAAUGAAAGUUUGCUCCAAGUACAUGAACCGCAGCGACCGGUGGAUGCAGGAUGAAAUUGAGUUUGGCUACAUUCAUGCUCCUCACAAAGGUUUCCCGGUGGUUCUGGACUCCCCGAGGAAUGGGGGCCUUCAGGAUUUUGCCAUCAGAGAGAUUUUGGGUCCGGAUUUUGGCUAUGUGACCAGGGAGUCCCUGUUUGAACUGGUCACCAGUCUGGACUCUUUUGGAAAUUUGGAGGUCAGCCCCCCCGUGACCGCCAAUGGGAAGGAGUAUCCCUUGGGGAGGAUUCUCAUUGGAAGCAGCUUCCCCACCUCUGCUGGAAGAAGAAUGACGAAGGUUGUCCGGGACUUCCUCUAUGCCCAGCUAGUCCAGUCGCCUGUGGAACUCUAUUCAGAUUGGCUGACCGUGGGUCAUGUGGAUGAAUUUGUGACCUUUGUUCCCAUUCCUGGCAAAAAGCAAUUCCGGAUGCUCAUGGCAAGCCCCUCUGCCUGCUACAAUCUGUUCAGGGAAAAACAGAAAGAAGGUCACGGUGAAGCCGUCAUGUUCAAAGGGUAUACCGGGGCAGACACAAAACGAGUCACCAUUAACAAGGUCCUCUCCAAUGAGAUCAUGGCACAAGAGAAUCAGUAUGUGCAGCGUUGCAUCGACUGGAACAGGGACAUCCUCAAGCAGGAACUAGGGCUGUCGGAGGAGAGCAUCAUCGACAUCCCGGCCCUCUUCAAGAUCGACAAGCAAGGCAAGGCGAUGGCCUAUUUCCCCAACAUGGUGAACAUGAUUGUGCUGAACAGGGACCUGGGCAUCCCCAAGCCGUUUGGGCCCAUUAUCGAGGCUGAGUGCUGCCUGGAGCAAUACGUCUGCUCCCUGCUUGAUCCCCUGGGGCUGACCUGCACUUUCAUCGACGACAUCUCCUCCUACCACAAGCACCUGGGAGAAGUCCACUGUGGUACCAACGUUCAGCGCAAGCCAUUUUCUUUCAAGUGGUGGAACGUCAUCCCCUGAAAAGCCACG